AUGAUUAUUCUUCGACUUCUAAUAUUUCUUAUUUUCACAUUUAUUUCUGCAGGUAAAUAAUCUAUUUUUGGAAUAAUUUAAAAAGAUCACAUUUUUUCGGAUCGUUUCGUUUUUGCCGUUUCCUUUAUCCGGAAAUCAAAACUAAACGGUUCAUUUCAUUUUCGAAAACUUGAAAAAAUAUAUAAAAAUCGUUUUUUGAAUGAACAAUAUAUUAAAAGAUUACUGUACUUUUUCAAAACCAAUCUAUUUUUUUCCUGCUGAAAAGACUUUGUCAUAAAAUUUUUUUGUUCUGUUCAGUUUAAUUCUCAAGGGAUUGAAGUUGGGUAAAAGAUUGACUGACAUCAAAUAAUAAAAUGAACACUGGAACAAAAAAAAAAACAAAAUAAAACGGGUUACAGAAUCGGAUCAAUAUAAAAUUGCGGAUAAAAUUCUGAAACAUUAUAAACCUGGAUUGUUGCCAACAAAUAAUACAAGAGAUCCAAUUCAAGUUCAUUUUUCAAUGGAAUUGUAUCAAAUUAUUGAAGUGGUGAGGAAAAAAUAGAGAGAAAAAUGACAAUAGAGAUUAAUUGAGAAUAUGAAUUUAGAAUGAACCUCAACAAUAUUUGAUGAUAAAUGCUUGGAUAAUUGAAAGGUGGACAGAUCAUUUACUUGGUUGGGAUCCGGAAAAAUAUGGAAAUGUAACUGAUAUUAUGUUACCACAUCAAACUAUUUGGAUACCGGAUACGACUUUGUAUAACUCGUGAGUUGCAAAAAAAAAAGAGGAAGUGGAAUUUUUCCGAGUCUUGGAAGUUUCAGGAAACAAGAAUUUAUGUCUUUUUCUUUUUUCAAUACUAAAAGGACAGUCUGGACAAUUUUAAUUUGGUCUGAAAAAAUUUGAAAAAUUUUAUUAGGACACUUUUAGGUCAGAUGAAUCGAAUUUUCAGCUCCAAAUUCCAUUCCAAUUUUUCAGACUUGUCAUGAAAGACGACGAAAAUCGUCGACUUCUCCACGCAAAAAUCACAACUCUCGGAGAAGGAAAAGGUGCUUAUAUCGAACUUCUUUACCCAACAAUUUAUAAACUUUCCUGCCUUCUAAAUCUGAAGCUUUUUCCGUUUGAUAAUCAGGUAUUUUGAUUUUCUUUUAACAAAAAAAAACAUUGAAAAUUCAAGUCUUGUCGAUUAUUAUUCGGAAGUUGGACUUUCGAUAAUACAAAAAUUGAUUAUUUUUUAUUCAACACUAAAAAAGAGAUUGGAACUUCGAAUUGUAUCGAAAAUGAGGGAUGGAAUGUUUUGACAACUGCAGGUGACUUAUUAAUUAAAAAACUGAUUAGUUAACUCGGGCAAUUCUUUCAGCAAAUCGGCUCGAAAAUAAAUAUGAUUGUUGCCCAAAUAAUUACACACUUCUCGAAUUUAAUCUAACAAUUCAAAGAAAACCAUUAUAUUAUAUUAUUAAUCUAAUAAUUCCGACAUCUAUUAUAACUUUUAUUUCAAUUAUUGGAUUUUUUAGGUCAGUUAAUACCCGUUUUUCUCUUACAACUCCUUAAUAAUUACAGUACUUCUUCAAUAAACGAACCACGUGAAGAAAAAAUAACACUUGGAAUCACAACUUUGUUAUCAAUGUCAAUUCUAAUUUUCAUGGUUUCUGAUAAAAUGCCAUCAACAUCUUCAUUUAUUCCACUUAUUGGUUUAUUUUAUACUUCGAUGAUUCUUUUGAUUUCAUUUUCAACAAUUUGUUCAUCAAUUGUAAUUUAUGUCCAAAAACAGGGAAAUAUUGGAAAUCCUCCAUCAAAAAAACUAAUGAAUAUUGCGAGAGGAGUUAAUCGAUUUAUAAGAAUGGAAAUGCCACUAAUUAUGAAACAGGCAUAUGCACAAAAAGCUAGGGUAACUUUUACUGAAAAUUCGGAAACAAGAAUUCAGGUCAGGUCCGAUUUAUCAGAAAAAUUUUCCGAAAAUUUGAAAAGGGACCAAAAAACUCCGAUCUUUAUUCUUCUAAAAAAUAUUUUGUUACAGGAAGAAAAAGUUCGUCGUCAACAAAUCGGCCGAAAACAAAGUCUGUGGACUCGAGUAUAUAAAUUAGCCAGAGAUCAAGCUGUCAAAAAAUCGCCAGCUAAAUUUCCCGAAGUUCUGACACCCGAAAAAUUGGUGACUGAAAAUGGUGGAUCAAAAAGAUGCACGAUAAAUGAGGAUGUGACGUGUAUUAGUGAGUUGUUUUUUAAUGUUCUAGUGAAGCGAUGAUAAUAAUUUAGAUUCAGACGAUUCGGGAAUUGUUGCAAUGACUGUUGGAUGUGGAAUACCAACAUUAGCUGCAUCUGAAGAUGAUGAUUGUGAUAUGUCAUUAUUGGAUCCGAAUGAUAAUCAACCUCCACAAUUACAACAACACAGAGAGAGACCGAAUAAAUUACACAAGGCUUCUACUUGUGGAAGUUUUGAUAGUAUGAUGUUUAGGCAAAUUGAAGGUGAGAUUAAUAUUCCGGUUACUGUAGUUAUCAUUUCCAAAAGAUACUCCUCGCUUGUGUGAAACCAUUUAAAAAAUAACUUUGCAUUUUUUCCAAAUUUCGGAUUGUUUUAAAUAAUACAGAACAUGUGAUUUUGAAAAUGAUUCGGAAAUUGUUUACGAAGUUCUUCAUUUCUCUAAUUUUCUCUCAAUUGCAGUUCCAAUAUCUCCACGAACUGCUCGAAAUUUUGCCGAAAUCGAAUAUGAUUGGCUUGCGGCACUUCUCGAACGAUUUUUCCUAAUAAUGUUUUUGAUUAUUUUUGCACUUACCUCAAUUGGUAUCAAUUUGAUUGGUUUUUUCCGAUGGUAUAUGGCUCUAGAUACGGUUCAUCACAAAUAA